GGAGCUCCGCACCGAGACAUGGGCGCCUCUGCCUCCUCGCCGCUGGACGACAGCAAGUGCGCCUACAUCCGAGGGAAAACAGAGGCCACCAUCAAGAACUUCAGCCCCCACUACCGCCGCCAGUAUGCCGUGGCUUUCUGCAGGCAUGUGCAGGAGGAGCUGGAGCAGGACUGCCACUCCCAGUCCCACUUCCUGAAAACCAGGCCCACAGGGGAAACCAGGACAGUUCUGUACGAAGCAGAGCUGCUGCACUUCGCUGAGGACCUGAAGAAGUGGAAGGACAGAUACAUUGUGAUCCAAAAUGACUACACUGUGAAUUGCUUUGAGACCAAAGAGGCCUACCAGAAGGGAGCCAGCCCUAAAUACCAAAUUCUUCCUGCAGGAGGCAAAGUCCUGACUUCAGAAGAAGAUUACAAUUUGCUGUCUGAUAAACAUUUUCCAGACCCUGUUGGCUCAAGUGAGGAGGUGGCUGCAGCCUUUGUUCCGCUCCCGAAGGAGUUCCCAGUAUACCUGUGGCAGCCCUUCUCCCGGCACAGCUACUACUGCUUCCCAGAGCCUGGCGCACAGAGACACUUCAGCGCCGUGCUGGGGGACUGCGUGAGGCAUUCCAACCACGACUUUCUCAAACAGACCACGUAUGAAGUGGAGGCGUUCUUAGAGGCCAUUCAGUUCUUCCGGCAGGAGAAAGGCCACUAUGGCACAUGGGAAAUGAUAACUGGCAAUGAAAAAGAGAUCCUGAGCAAUCUGGUGAUGGAGGAACUGCUGCCUAACCUCCAGACAAUGAUGCUGCCUAAAAUGAAGGGAAAGAGGAAUGACAGGAAACGGGCCUGGUUUGGGAUCGUAGAGGAAACCUAUGGUUUAGUCCAGCAGCAGGUGGCAGAAGGAUUAAGUACCUUGAAAGAAGAAUGUAGAGAAUUUUCAAAAACUCUUGAAGGGACCAUUCGUUCAGACAUGGAUCAGAUUCUGAACUCCAAGAACUUCUUAGCUGGAAAAAUCAAAGCCAGUGUUUCUGAGCCUGUCCAGAAGUGCUGCACAGAGAAUAUCCAGCCAUUUCUCACCUCCAUCCUGGAGGAGCUCAUGGGCCCCAUCAGUUCUGGAUUCACGGAAGUGCGCUUGCUUUUUGAUAAGGAAGUGAAUGAAAUCAUCCAGGACUUCCAGAAGACCAAUGACAUGACCAGGCUAAAGGAGAACGUGGAUCAGCUCAUGACCCUGCCCUUCAACUCAGUGAAAAUGGAGCCCUGCUAUCUGAAAGUGAACCUGCUCCAGGAGCUCCUCCAGGACCUCAAGAGUCGCUUCAAGGUCUAUCACAUUGAUUCUGUGAUUCAGAGGACACAGAACUUCAUGCAAGAGCUGAUGGAAAACGCAGUUUAUACUUUUGAGCAGUUGUUCUCUCCAAGCCACCAGGCAGACUCAGCCAAGGUUGCAACAACCAUUGAAAAAGUCAAGCUGAGAGUGCUGAAGCAAUAUGAUUAUGACAGCAGCACCAUCCGCAAGAAGAUAUUUCAAGAGGCACUGGUGCAGAUUACCUUGCCCACAAUGCAGAAGACACUGGCUUCAACAUGCAAACCAGAGCUGCAGAGAUAUGAGCAGUACAUUUUUGCUGAUUACACAAGUGUGAUCCAAGUAGAGAAUGUAUAUGAAGAGAUUUUAUAUCAGACACUGCUUGAAGAGGCCCUGAAAGUGAUCAAAGAAGCUGCUGUUUUGAGGAAGCACAACCUGUUUGAGGAUAACCUGAACGUGCCUUGUGAGAGUGUGUCCAGCCUGACAGAGCUGAGGACUCCUGUGGGAUCAGCACAGGGCACCCCUGCCAAAGUGCCCACGGCUGCCCGAGCCGAGGGAUUGGGCACCGAGAGCCACAGGGACGAAACGCUUGUUGUGACAGGGAAAAUUGUGUGGGAGAAGGAUGCUGAUGAGGGAAAGUCCCCAGACAAAGAGGAAGGCACCUCUGUUAGUGCAGGUGGUGUUCAGGCCAGCAGAAAGGAAGCAGUGGCUGUUAUAGACAUUGGUGACAAACAGGAGUCCCCUUUGGUUGGCCACACUAAACAAGGAGUUGCAGAGGGAAAAAGCGCAUUGGAGAAUGAAUCAGAGUGUGUAGUGAGCACUGAAAGAGAAUUCAAGGCACAACAAAAAGCUGUGGAGGAAAAAGUUGCUUCUGGGACUGACACUGCAAUAAAAAUUCUUGGAGCCAGCCCUAAAAAAGAACUUAAGGUACCUGAAGGAGCAGCAGAGGAAGAGGUGACUUCAGAGAGUCAAACAGUAACAGCUGCCGUGCCUGUCAGUGGCAGUGAGAAAGCAAGCACAGCACAGGAAAAAGUUUCUGAGAUAAAGGUCACUUUCCCACCUGAGAAUGUAACAGAUACAGAAAUUUUUGGAAGUGCGGAAAAGAAAAGCAAGUUAGAAAAUGAAAUUAUGGAAAAAUUAUCUCAGAGUGAGAAUGCAGUAGGAACAGGGUUUGAAGGAGUUAGUAAAAAAGAAAGUGGUGAGAGUACUGAGACAAAGAUUGUUUCCCAGGAUGAAAAGACAGGGAAGGCAGGGUUUGGGGAUUGUCCUGAAAAAGAAAGCCAGUCGCAAGAAAAGAGUUGUAAAUCCCCCGAUGAUGUGAAUGAGAUAAGGAGUUUGUUGAUGCUAACAGUUGAGAUCCCAGCAGAUACUCCAGCUGAGAACAUCAAGGAGGUCUGUGAGGGCGAGCUGCUGAAGUUGCCGGAGCACCAUAAUGGUAACUAUGAGUUGAGCAAAGUGGCUGUGGCAGAAAUUCAGGUAAGCCAGAAGAUGAGGAGUGAAGAUGCAGCAGCAUGUGUGAAGUUCAAGGAGGAGCAACCGUCCUCAGCCAGCCUGGGGCUAGAUGGUACGAGUGUAGAGAGCGUGCCCAGGGGGGCACAAGCACCGUGGCUGGUGGAGAGCUCGGCUCCGUCUCAGGAGGCAAAGGCAGAGGUGGAGAUCAAGCCAAGUGUGUGGUACGCGGGUGCGGGAGAUGGGAGGUUGCAGCCAGGGGAACACACGGGAAAUGGGGUGGAAGACAAAAGGCUGUAUGGGGAGGAAGGCACAGGGAACAGCAACGCUGUCUCGGAGGAGGCUGGGACACAGAGCUCCUUUCAGAGCCCUGCUGCACAUGCAGCUACCAGGGACGUGCCCAUCUUGGAUAGAGCAAACCCGGGCCCAGGGCUGCUGGAGCCGGUCUCCCUGGUGCCGCAGCAGCGCCGGGGGCAGCCCAGGGCUGAGCGCACGGCAGACACAGAGCCUGGGGGACGAGAGGGGGAGCCAGAUCAGUCAUCUUCACACGCAGGAAUUCAAAGCACAGGAGGAAAAGCGAUUCUCCCAGAAGAACACCGAGAAGGCGGUUCUGCACAGCAAAAGUCUGAGGAGUAGAAAGCAGCUUUCAGCCCAGCCCUGCAGUAAUCCCUGCUCAAUUGUUAAUACUUAUUCAUGUCGGGGCGGGAGGAAAUGCGCUUUGUUGUGGUGUCCCCAGCUCCUGCAGGUUUUCCAGAAAUCCCUUCCUGAGGGAUGGGUGAUGGGUUUCCUUUUGCUUAAAACGAGAUUACUGCUGAGGAACUUCAUCUGUCACUUCAAAUCUGCUCCCUUUUAAAGCUAGAGAAAAAGUCUGAAAAUGUGACCAUUGAAUGCUUCCAAUGCCCAACUAUCAUCAGCUUAUUUUAACAACUUAGCUGUUCUUAGGGAUCCUCCUGGUUUUUAAAUGCAUGGUUUUGACAAGUACUGCUAUGAUUCUGGUGGUUGGUAUAUACAUACUCGAGGGUGCUUUUAGAAUUUGCAUGCAGUAUACAGGAAAUAAAAUCAUUUUUUAGUAGCAAACAGAACCAAAUAGUUGAUAUAGUAGAUUGCUGAAAAGUCACACUGUGCAAACUCUGCAAACUAGUUACUUAAUUAUUUUCAAGUUUUGGCAGAUACCAAAGACAAGCAAAUAUUUGGAUUUUUUAUUUUUAUUUUUUUUUCUCUUAUUGCUGUAUUUAAAAAGGGGAAAGCAUGAGAGCAGGUUUCUCAGUCCCACUCUGCACUUCAGGGUUAUUUAGCCUUCCAGAGCACUUUAUGGCUAUAUUGUUUUGUUUUAUGGAAGGGAGAGAAGAGAAUGUUUACAAUAACUAUAACCAUUAGGCAGCAUUUCUCUGGUUUAAAUCCCACCAUAAAAUAGAUUCACUUACAGCUAUUUCAUAGGAAGAUUGAGUCCUGCCAUUCCUAUUCACACUGAGUUACUUAGGUCUGUAGACCUUUUUAAGGUGUGGAAGCCACGUAAUAAGUGGCAACAAUUGUGAAAUAUCGGAAUCAUUGCUUAUAAUUUCCAAUGUAGAUGUUAACUGAAGUGGCAGGCAGCCAGAGGUUGUUUUACAUAUGCUUAGAUUUUGGAGGGCAGAAUCACAUUACAAAAGCUGUUACUAAAAUGAGAUGGUUGCUUUCAUGGUCUGUAUCAAACCAUGAUAUUGGUGCAGAGUUGCUUAAAUGUGUUCUUUGCAUCUCAGUUUGCACAGAAAAGCUUGGAGAUGCAGCCCAGUAUUUUAGUAAAUUGGUCUUUCAAAUGCAAAACCUCACUUUAGAGGUCAGUUUAAGGCACCUUGAACUUGUGGCCCAGUGUUUUGAGCCUGUUUCUGAAUGUCGUACAUUACAGGAUAGCAAAGAUUAAUUAUAAUUGCAGCAUGGACUGCUGGAUUUAUGCCCAUAAAGACACGGGAAGAAAUAACAAAGUCCCAGGAGCAUAAUAUGUGUUAACAUUUAACUGCAGCAAACUGUGCAAAGUCUUUUAAUGCUAUCAAAAUAUUCUCUAAUACUAAUAGAAAAUUUACACUAGAGGAACAGGCAAAUAUUACUGUGUGAGGAAGGAACUUUGUUGAGUAACGGGAUUAACUGCUCUGUCACUGCAGUAAAAUAAAUGCAGUUUCUGUUUAUUCUAGAAGCCGUGCUGUGGUAUGGAAACAUGAAGGUCAUAGAUGUUUUCCUUGCAGAAGUACUUUAACUCAUUUCCUCAUUAUAUUUCAUGCAAAAAUACUAAUUUGUAAACAUACAAACUACUGCCAGCCAAUUAUUUUUUUACAAAUCAUUGGUUAUUUCAGUGUCAGCUGCUUCACUUUUACAAAUCAUUAACUACUUUUAAUUGGUACUGAAUGUUAAGUGACUUCAUAUUUAUAAAGUGCUCAUGUUAAGCAGCAGCAAACAGCCUUUUUAAACUAAAAUUAGGGAACAUGAUGGGUUUUUAAUACUUCUUUUGUAUGAAAGACAUGGCAGCAUUUUUGCAUGGCAGCAAAAAAGACUGCAGGCUCCUGCAAAAGGGAACAAAUUCAUUCUACUAUGUAUCUAUGUAUCUACUAUCUGUACAGAAAGCAUUUUGCAUAAGUAUUCCCAUAAUGGUAAUUUUGGAGUUAUUUCUGUAGCAGGCCUAGAUCUGGGUAAUAUUUUCCUGUCAUGUGAGUUGCACUUCUGAAUGCAGAUGCUCAGAUGUUUUUCACCAGUGAGAUGGGAAGGGAUGGGAGGAUUCAGCUUGUACAUUGCCUGGUUCUGCAAUUUAAAUUGCAGUUCCUCAUGGCCAGGGUACUUUUUUCCCGGUUUUGGGGAUUUUCUGCCCGUUUGCAAAUGGAUAAAGUAGUGCUUUUUUAGUCUCUACCACAGUUGGUUAGAAGCGACAGCUUGGUUAGAAGAGCUCAGCAAUCUGCAAGGGACCACUGAUCGGAAAUGGUAAUAAUGCACCCAUUCCGUCGUUUUUAUUGUUUUCUUGCAGCUUACAAACUGGGAACCGUAAUAAAUCGCCUCUUAUGGCCCAUGGCCGAGAGUCGGGUGUCCUGAUGGGAGAGGGCUGGGGUGUGGAAUUCCAUCGGGUUUUCAGUGUUAAAAGCAAGGACAUAAAACACAUUGUAUUUGCUUGGAACUUUGUACAAACGCUUGUCAUGGAAAUAAAGACGCUCUUCCCUUCCUUUGCUGGGA